AUGCAAUUUCUAAUACAUUCACAACUCCCUCAUUUCUUCAACAACUUACACAAUGAUUUGAAGAAGCUUGAUUCAAAUCUUUGUAGCAUAGUUCUUAUUAUCACAAAGCUAAUAUUGUGUUUGUGUCCAUUGCAGCAGUUCAACAAUUACUACAUAUCAGGGCACAAAAACCUACUGGACUUGUGGCGUGAAAUUGGCUCUGUGAAGCGCACCUUCUCCGAGGUGAAAAACCUGACCUCUCGUGACCUGACCCAGCUGCGUGGUGAUCUUGACCGCUGUGCCCACCUCCUCUCCUCUGCCUGCCAUUCGGCUCAAUCCAACAUGAGUUUCUUACCAUCAGGAGGAGAUAAGGAGGAUUAUGUUGUGGCCAACCCUGCGGACUUGUGGGGCCGCAUCCAGGAGUGCGAGAGAUCACAAGUACGAGCAGAGACGGAGAAGAACUCCCUCAAAGAGAAGAUCAAUGAACUUAAUUCAAGGAUAUCGGAGCUCAACACGAAUCUGAGAAGUAAAGAACGCACUAUUCAAGAUCUCAACAAGAAGCUGGAUGAAGGUAUGACGGAAGCAGAGGUUCAGGAGACACUAAAGGAGAAGGUGCGCACGCUGGAAUCAUACAUGGUCGAAAUAGCUCAGACAGUCAUCAAGGAUUCAGAGCAGAGCACUGGUGAUGCAGACGGUAAAACUCCUUCUGCUUUCAGCAGGAUUGUACGAGACACGGAGCAGGGGGUAGCACCAGACUUGCCACAAAGCACAGUUUCUGCUGUCCGCACAGCACUUUCUAAUCGCCAUGUUCAGAUCCACGAAUUGCAGCUCAAACUAACAUCAUCAAAGGAUCAACUGGCAUCACUUCGUAAGCAGUAUGAAAGUGCAGAGGCAGCCCAGCGUGUGCUCGAGUCCACAAUUGGAGAACUCCGUGAUGAAAUGGAGUCCAUUUCCCGGCAAAAGGAUGAAGUUUCGAGGGAGAAGGACAGGCUCACUGAAGAUUUGGAUGCAAUUGUUGCAGAAAAGAGUAGUUUGGAGAAAGCUAAACAAACUCUUAAAUCUCAGUUGGAGACUGCCAAGGAAGAGACAGAACGCCGUAACCGUCAGUUAUCAGAGCUGGAGAAAGAGAAGGUUGCACUUGGUGAAGAGCGAGCCUACCUCAACUCUAAGCUCACCAAAGAAAAGGAGGAAGUCCAAAAGAAUGUCCACACCAUAACUAUUCUCAACUCUGAACUUUCUAGCGUGCAGCAGCAGGUUACUAUUUUGUCUGAAUCGCUGGGAAAGGUACGGGCAGCAGAAGAAAGGUUGGAUCAGGAAAAGGAUGACCUCCGGGAUCAAAUUCGAGCAAUGGAACGGCAGCGCAAUGAAUUGGAGGCAAAAUUGGCUCACUCCCUACGUCAGGAGACUGACCUGAGGGAGGCCCUUGAGAAGGUUGAGUCAUACAGUAUUAACUUAGGUCAAGAUAAAUCACAGCUGGUCUCCAAGAUCACAUCUCUGGAGACAGAACGUGCAGCCUUGGGGACCGAGAGAGCGGAACUACGAGCAGAGAUGGAGAGACUCAAGGACGACUUGGAGGCUCUAGGAGAGGAGCGCAUUAGCCAAGAAACAACAAUUACAACUCUGAAUGAAAAAAUUAAUCUUCUUAAUCUAGAUAAGGAAAAGAUUGAAUUAGAAUUGAAUGAUACCAUCUCGGAAAGGAAUGAAUUACAUGGUCAACUAACUGCUCUGGAGCGCAUCAAAACAUCCUUAGAGGGUGAACUCACCACCCUCACUAACACACUUACUGAUAAGCUCAAGCUUAUUGAACAGCUGAACUCGGACAAAGAAGGACUUUCUAAGGAAAAUGCAGAAAUGGAGGUACGACUGUCUGGUGCAGACAAGGAGUUAAAUGCACUCCGUGAAUCACUAGCAACACUGAAGGCAGAGAAACAGAGCUUGGAGAGUUUUGCAUCAUCCCUUGAGAAGAAGUGGUCAAAUAAUGAAGCUCGGCGAACUCAGCUGGAGAAGGAGAAUCAGCAGUUGAAUACUGAUAAAGAGCGACUCCAUACACAGAUGAACAAACUCCAGCGUGAACUUGAGGGUGAGCUGACUAAAUUACGGGAGGCUCGAACUGCUUUGGAACGCCGCUUGGAUGAGAAGGAAACGGAGCACAAAAAGGCAAUGAUGGUGUUACGUGACCAGCAGGAAGAGAUGAUAGAUGAUUUGCGCAAAGAAAAGAAUAAUUUGCAGUCCGAGCUAGAAGAUAAGCUGAACUCGACCAUCCACUCCCUCAAAAUCGAGAAGGAUGAACUCGAGCUCAAGAAAGAUCAAGAAAUUUCCUCCCUCAAGCGUUUUUCUGAAAAGCUGCAACGUGAAAGGGAUGAUUCUGCACUGCGUUUUGAGGAAGAGAAGCACAGAUCCAUGAUGCUCGCCCAGCAAGAAAUUGCAAGCUUGGAAGAGAAAGUUGCCGCACUACAGCGCGAUCUUUCAACAUAUGAGAGUCAGUUAGAGCAGCUGCGACGUGAUGGCUCCAGUAAAGCAGAAGCAGGACGAGUUAAUGAGGGAGCACUACACAAUAAAAUUGUACAGCUCAAAGAGGAAUUACAUGCUAACAGCCAAACAUUUGAAAAGCAGCUCAAGGAAGAAAAAGAUUCGUACGAGCGUAGAAUACGAGAGCUCCAGAGCCGUCUUGAUGAUGCCCGGAGAGAUAAUGAGGUAGAGAUCACAUCUAUUAAGACAGACUUGAGACUGGCAAGGGAAGACGCAUGUCGGCUCCAGCAGGAUUUAGAGGAUGCUGAAGAGAAGCUUAAAGAUGCCGAAGAGAAAAGAGGUUCUUUGAAGAAGGAAAUCAGCCGAAUUAAUGAUGAAAUGCGCGCUGCUGAGGAAAGAAGAUCUACUGAAUUGCAAAUAUUUAUUAAAAAAUCAGAUCAGGAGAAAAAGGACAUACAAAAACGUCUUGAUGAUAAAGAAAACAAGCUUAGUUCUCUGGAAGUUUCUGAAGCCAAGCAUGCAGAUCUGAUUGCUCGCAUGACAACGCAACUUCGGGAAUUAAACUCGGUCAAGCAGGAUGCUCACAGGGAUAUGUCAGACCUGAAGAAAAAACUUCAGCUGUUAGAAACGGAAGGACUCAGCAAAUCUCAAGAGUUGGAAAACCUCCGGCUUCGGUUGUCCUCAGAAGAAGACCGCCAUAAUGAGAGCAGAAAGGAGGCUUCAAAACUGAAAACAAAGGUGGCAGAAUAUGAGCGAGAACGAGACAAUCUGCAAACAGAGCUUGCUCUUUUAGAACGAAGAUUGACUGAACUUGAGGACCACCACGCAGCUAAGGAACAGGAACUGGCCAGCAGCCUUGAGGAAUCUCGUGCAAAUGAACGCAAAUUAAAUGACGAGAAGAAGAACCUCGAGAAUUACCUUAACAAUGCCAAUCAACAAAUCAGCAACCUUAAGGUGAAACUGUCCCGAGAAGAGGGACAUGUUGAAGCCCUUGAACAACAACUGGGGAACUUGGACACAACCAGAGAACAGCUGGAGAGAAAACUGCAGAAUGUGUACACAUCUCUACGCACAGUCACCCGCAUGUACCAAGAUGUUUCACCAUCGUCGCCUGCGCUACGGAGCAGGAAGGGCAAGAUUGGUUUCGAACUGUCUGGUAGCCACAGUGAUAUACACGCAUCAAUUGAGGCUCUUGGAUCGCCUGAAAAAGUUAACGUAGCAGAGAUUGACCCAGAAACUGUACGUCAUGAAUUACGAGCCCUAAUGACCCAGAUGAAUCAAGUGGAGUUAGAAAGGGAUGACGCUGUGGCUCGUGUAACGAGUCUUGAGCGACAACUCUCGGAGCUCCAAGAGACACACCAUAAAUCAGAGGCUAGAUUAAGAGAUGUCACUAGAACUCUCUCAGAAUUGGAGGAGAAGAAGCGCUAUGCAGAUGAUAAACUCAACAAAGCCGUGUCAAAUGCCAGCCAACAGGAGGAUGCUCUACGUCGUAAGGAGAGUGAAAUCCGCACCCUGAACGAAGAGCUGAGCAACACUCGGCGCAAAGUGGCUGAUCUAGAGCACGACAAGAGCUCUCUAACAGAUCGUGUACAGAAACUCAAAAAUGCUGUUGGCCGAAUAGAGAUGGAAAAUACUGACAUUAAAGAAAAGCUGCGGGCAACUGAACAACGAGCUACAUUACUUGACGACUCAAAAGGAAGACUUGAAUCAGAUCUCGGUGCAACUAAAAAGGCUCUUAGUGAAAAGCAGAUGGAAAUUGAGAGUCUAGUUGUUAGCAGGGAGAAUUAUAACCGUAACAUGAGAAGUCUUGAAGACCAAAACUCUUCCCUUAAGGGCAAAGUCGAAGACCUGAAGACACGCAUGGCUGUUAUCGCUAAUUCAGAAUCCGAACUGAAAGAUAAACUCUCUUCCAUAAACCGAUCACUAAAGGAGACAGUUUCGUCAUCCAGUAGCAUGCAGGAAGAACUCUCUAGGUCCCAGAAUCUUUUGUCACGAAGUGAAGUCGAGCGCCGUCAGUUGGAUGAGCGAGUGGCUGAUUUGCAAAGUGCUGUGUCAGACCUCAAACGUCAAAAGGAUCAACUUUCAGACUCUAAAAAUAAAGUUCAACAAGAUCUCUCUAAUGCUGAAUUAAGGAAUGCUGAGCUGGAGAUGAACAUGAAAUCUCUUAGAGGGAGCCUUGGUGAGCGAUCAUCAACAACAGAUGAGCUUAUCUCAAAGGUGACCCGCUUGGAGCAGGAGAAAUCUGAACUUCGCUCUCAGCUUGCUGAUCUGGAGAGGAAGUUGGCCAUAAGUGAAGCUGAAAAAAAGGACAUUGAAAAGGCAGAAUUUAGACAUGACAAGGACAGAUCAGACCUUAAGAAGAUUUUAAACAAGUACGAACAUGACCGACACGAUCGCCAGCGGCCGAGCUCUGAACAGCCAGUGUUAGAUUCCAAUAUCAGUGCUCUCCGCAUUGAGAAUAUGGAACUACGAAGAAAGAUUGACGAUCUGGAGACUAUAAAAACAGAGAUGCAACAAAAGCACUUAAAGGAGACACUGGACAUGAGUAGUGAUCACCGCCGAGAGCGGCAAGUAGACAGUGAGAAGAUCCGUCGCCUCACCAACCAAUUGGAAGGCCUACGACAGGAGAAGGAGCGAUGUGAGCUGAGACUCCACUCACUUGAGCAGCAGAUUGCCCAGUAUCGUGAGCAAAUUAGAGAGUAUCGAAGCCGAAGUUCAGCAGUGGCAGCAGACGUGCGUAGAGUGCGCAUGUCUAUGACUGACUCUCUUCACAAUAUUGGAACUCAUCCGCGAGUUUCUACAGGAGUUUUAGAUUCUGAAAUUCAGCGGAGUUAUGACCGACUACCAUCUGCAUUGCGUAGUCAGUUCCGCCUGACGGGGGGCCAACGUCGCCAUCCCCUGGCCCCCACGGCCUCUUCCCCACACGUACAUCAGCGCUAUGGUUCCUUACGCUAGCCUGUCAGGUGGGCUUGCGAGGUCGCCACGCUCAUCACGCUCGCGCCGUUAUGCUUCGGCAUCGCCCAGACGCCGCACUGAUCAGUCGAAGAAGACACUAACCUUCACAUGAUCUAAUACACCAAACUUUGGAGAUUAUUAGACUUCUUGCAAGAGAAGCUUGUCAUACCAGCCACACCCUACUAGAAUUUUGUACCUAUGACCAAGGUAUCAGGCUAGUAAACGAUGUGGCGAGCAUUGCUCCAACAGUGGGUAAUGACCAAGUUCAGACUUCGGACCCUCCAAUUUGACAUCAACAAACUUGAGAUUUUGUAGAUUGUCUUAUAAAUUGGAUUUUCAAGUUACUAUUUUCGCUAGUAUGCGAGAUAGGGGCUCCUUUCAGGGAUGCCUUUCUUGAGUUUCUUUCACUCUGCAAACAUUUACUCUAUCAUAAGAGUAAAAUGAUAGCAGCUUGAAGGCUGAGAAACUAAACAAUACUGCCAGUAAUGAAAUGUGGAAAUAAAGGGAACUGCUAUGGAACACUGCCACUUUUUAGUCUUUUUAGUGCUAGUAAUUAUGUACAUUAAAAAUUAAGAUAUAAAGCUUAUCUCAUAGAACUGUUGUGGAUUGUUGUUAGUAUGGAAGAGUAACUUGUCACUGCCAGCUAAAGCAGUGUGAAGGUUUUGGUGCCAAUACGCUGCAUUGAAUUUUGAUGCUCCAUUAUUUGUAACGUGUUUCGAGAUACUUUUACAAAUACAACAAAAAUUUUAAAUAUGUGAAUGGAGUGAACUGUAUUUUUACUACAUGUUGUUUACAGUACAAAUGACACAAUAGAUAAAUAUUUAAAUUUCUAGUCAAAAAAAUUUUGAACUGACCAACAUCACUGAUAACAUUCUGCAAAUUUAACUAUAUUUUACUAUCUGUUCUCAAGGAAAAAUUCCAUGGAUAACGGUUACCCUUAUUUGGCUACCAAAAUCUGUCUAGUCAGUGUAACACUCUUGUGUAAUUAGGAACAAGAAAUAGAGGUUAUUCUCAGUGCACAUUGCUAGGAGUUACAAAGCAAACCAUAGCCUUAGAAGCACUUGACACAUGUCCUUUAGAUGUGCCUUCAGUUGUUUCAAAUUAGCAUUGAUCGUUAACUGUUUUUGAAGUUUAAAAUGAGAAUCUAAUAUGUUGCAGUAAAGUGUUAUACUUUUACAUACAUCACCACAACAAUGUCACAAAUACAAGUAUAAUACAAUUAGUUAUUUAUACAAAUUUUGGUCUUAAUAAUACAGAUGAAAAUUACGAAGACAAUCUAGUUUUCAUAUUUUUUUAAUGUUGUACAGUACAUUAGUACAGUAAUUAUACAUCUUACAAUUUCAUUCCAAAAUAGGGAUCUCACAUUUAUGUUGCAUUAAAUUGCAUUUAAUCUUGUAGCAUUUUUCUAAAUGUUACUUUCUUAUUGAUCUACAUGUAGAUCAACAUGUGAAGGUUUAGACGCAGGUCACCAAGUGUAUGCUCGGGCCAAAUGUACAGCACAAAAUCACAAUGAUAUUGGGACUUCACCUAUUCUUUAUUGCAAGAAGGGCAAAUGACAGUCCCAAAUCAAAUAACUUUUUAAAAUAUUUUGUGGUUGCUUUUUAUUGUUAUAAGCAUACGACUUGAUGUUUUUUAUUGUUUUGUUGGUUUAUACGAUUAUACAAUAUUUGUCGAUUAUUAGAAACCUUUGAUCAAAAUCAUUUUGAAUGAAACUGGAUGGGAUCAAGUGACUGCCUCAAACAUUAUACUGUAUUGUACUUUUGGGUAACUGUCAUUUCUAUUCUCACUAAAUCUAGUGAAUCUGCAUGUUUUGUAGAUAUAGUAAACGAAUAAAAGUAUGGAGGUAAA